CCAGGCUGUCAUUUCACUUUCCUAAAAGCCUUCCCUUUGCCCAUGAUGCCAAUGACUAGCUGUCCUGAAGCAAUAGCUAGUACUUUCCCUUCCUGCCACCUAGCAUCCAGCCGAACCUUGAAUCAAUACCAGUAAAAUGGGUGUGAACGGAAGGAGGCUGCUCAUUAUUUGCCAUUAUUUACCUCUGAGUCUGUGCAUUCCCAUUCCUUCCCAUAUUAAUUCUCUCCCCCCGCAGCUCCCCCUCCCCUUCUCUAUCCUUGGGAACUGGUUCAACCAGAGUACAACCAGCUCAUCUGCAUCUGGCCCUAAAGAACCUGCGGGAGCCAGUGGCAGAGGAAGAGAGAAGGCUGCAUAGGAGCUGCAGCGCGGUGCAGCGAGCACACACCCCGGCCCGCGCCGCCCCGGGCUCGCCCAUGAGGCCUCUGCCGAGCGGGAGGAGGAAGACCCGAGGCAUCUCCCUAGGACUCUUCGCCCUCUGCCUGGCCGCAGCCUGCUGUCUGCAGAGUCAGGGCGUGUCCCUGUACAUUCCUCAGGCCACCAUCAAUGCCACCGUCAAAGAAGACAUCCUGCUCUCAGUUGAGUACUCCUGUCACGGAGUGCCCACCAUCGAAUGGACAUAUUCGUCCAACUGGGGAACGCAGAAGAUCGUGGAGUGGAAACCAGGGACUCAGGCCAACAUCUCCCAAAGCCACAAGGACAGAGUCUGCACCUUCGACAAUGGCUCCAUCCAGCUCUUCAGUGUGGGAGUGAGGGAUUCCGGCUACUAUGUCAUCACCGUGACGGAACGCCUGGGGAGCAGCCAGUUUGGCACCAUCGUGCUGCACGUCUCUGAGAUCCUCUAUGAAGACCUGCACUUUGUCGCUGUCCUCCUUGCUUUUCUCGCUGCUGUGGCCGCAGUGUUAAUCAGCCUCAUGUGGGUUUGUAAUAAGUGUGCAUAUAAAUUUCAGAGGAAGAGAAGACACAAACUCAAAGAAAGCACAACUGAGGAGAUUGAGCUGGAAGAUGUUGAGUGUUAGCCAAGGCUGGGCCUAACUGCAUUCCUACCUCAAGA